AUGACCGCCAUAGAUGAGGACAUCGAGAAGAAGGGUAUGGCUGCGGUCACACCCGCUGGCGAGGGAAGUGUUCCAGCAUAUGACGAUAUUGCAGUUGGUAGCGCGCCCGAGGUGAAGCCCCUCAAGCGAAACCUCCAGGGCCGUCAUAUGCAGAUGAUUGCCAUUGGUGGUUCGAUCGGUGCUGGUCUCUUCGUCGGUACAGGUAGUGCACUGCAGAGUGGAGGGCCCGGAGCUUUGUUGAUCUGCUAUUUGAUCGUCGGGGCUAUGCUGCUCCUCACCGUCCAGGCGUUGGGAGAGUUGGCUACUAUGUAUCCCGAGAACGGUGCUUUCUUCACUUAUUGUGUCCGGUUUAUCAAUCCUGCCUGGGGCUUCGCUGUUGGCUGGGACUAUGCCAUCAGUUGGCUUGUCAUUCUUCCCUUUGAGAUCACGGCUGCCGGAAUCACAAUCCGUUUCUGGCGAGAUGACCUGAACGUCGGAAUUUGGAUCGCCACAUUCCUUGUUGUGCUUAGUGCAAUCCAAUGGUUUGGUGUUCGUGGAUAUGGUGAAGUUGAAUUCGGACUCGGCUUGAUGAAGAUCAUUGCCGUCAUCGGCUUCAUCAUCCUUGGUAUCGUCAUCGAUUGUGGAGGUGCUCCCAAGGGGGGAUAUAUCGGCACUGAGUACUGGCGCAAUCCUGGCGCCUUUACUGACUUCCCGGGCUUUUGCUCGGUCUUUGUGACUGCCGCCUUUGCCUUCUCGGGUACUGAGCUGGCUGGUCUGGCCGCUGCCGAGGCCGCGAAUCCCGCCAAGUCCGUUCCCAAAGCGACCAAGCAAGUCUUCUGGCGUAUCAUGAUCUUCUAUGUCCUGGCCACUUUUAUGGUAGGCCUGAUCGUCCCCCACGAUGCCGACUACCUGCUCAACUCCUCCGGCGCCAACACUAAGGCCUCUCCCUUCGUUCGUGUUUCUAUCCAAAACGCCGGUAUCGCUGGGUUGCCUUCGGUCAUGAACGCAGUCAUCACCAUCUCCGUCAUCAGUGUCGCCAACUCAGCCACCUUUGGAUCCAGCCGUACGAUCCAGGCUCUUGCUCAGCGCGGCAUGGCGCCCAAGAUUUUCGCCUACGUUGACAGCAAGGGUCGCCCCGUGUGGUGUGUACUUCUUCAGAUUGCCUUUGGCUUCCUUGCCUUUGUCAACGAGGCCUCCGCGACGGGUAGUGUCAUCUUCGGCUGGCUUCUCGCUCUUUCCGGCAUCAACUCUCUCUUCGUCUGGGGCAGUAUCUGUCUCGCGCACGUCCGCUUCCGCGCUGGUUGGAAGCACCAGGGCCGUGAGGUCAGUGAGCUUGCGUAUGCUGCGCCUUUUGGAGUCAUUGGUAGCUGGAUCGGCUUUGGACUCAACGUCUUGUGUCUGGUUGCUACCUUCUACACCGCCGUUAUUCCCAUGGACGCCGAAGUGUUCUUUGAGAACUAUCUCGCAGGGCCGCUGAUUCUCGGCCUCUAUAUUGCGUGGAUCGUGUACACCAUGAUCAACAAGGACCCCAAACUGGACCGAGGUGCCAUGUUUGUCAAAGUACAGGACAUGGAUAUGUUUAGCAACAUGCGUGAUACGGCUUUGGACAUUGAUCUGCCUUCCAAGAAGGUGUAUAACACUUGGGGAGAGUGGUUCGCGGCCGCGCCGAUGCGUAUUGUUCGCUCUAUCUUCUAG